CGACUAGUCUUCACCGGGAUAGAAAGCUGAAGCAAUAAGCACAGAACUCCACUACCAGAAUUGGAUUCCAGUACAAAGCAGUAGACUGACUAACUCUCGUAUAGCCAAUCUACUACUACCAAUGAAGAAGCUCUAACAACCUAAUCAGAUUCUAUCUAUCUCAGGUUGCAGCAGAAAUCAAGAAAAGCUUAUCAGACUUCAAUCAAUUCAAUGAAUCAUGCAUCAUUCGAUUACAACCAAACAGUAUUGCAAUCCCAAGUCAUUAUAAUCAUGAUCCCUAACACAUGGAACUAGGGUUCUUCAUACCCAAGUGAGAGAAGGGUCUACUCCAUAGAGAGAGAGAGAGAGAAAAACAUAAUAUAAAGCAGUCAUACUCAGAACAAUGGGAAGAAUCUGCUCUGGGAUGAUGAUUUUCACUCCUAUGGUGAUCUCCAAGCUCGAUUUGAUGAAACCCAGCUCCAAGAUCGCUUCUAGGGUGUGUUCUUCGCACUUUCUCUCUCUAGGGCUCUGUUUCUGCUCUGAAAAGUCGAUUCCCUCACUUGUGGCUCGAAAUUGGGUUAAAACCCAGAAUUCCCGACUCACACGGGCAGGCCACACGACCGUGUGGCUUACCCAGCUACCCGUGUGAGUGUCAAAACGUGGCGUUUCAAAUAAAUGGACUUCAGGCUACCUACACGGCCAGGGACACACGACCAUGUGGAAUCUCCAUUAUGCCCGUGUGAAGCUUCGGCAAAUCCCACACGGCCACAUGGGUUUUUUACACGACCGUGUGGGUUUUAGGAGUGCCCGUGUGGCUUCCUCAGCGUCUCGCCACACGUUCGAUCUUCGUCCAAUCGACCCCAAACUCGCUCCCAAACCUUCAUUCACGUACUAGGACCUGAAAUAUCACAAACAUGAACAACCUAGCGUGAAAUCAGUCUAAAACACAAGAAUCAACAUCUCAAACGGCACAAGAAUAGGGUUAAAACAUGUGCAAUUAACGGUCUAUCAAGAAGUUUACCCAUGCACCUAUCAUGGUGACUCCUGACUGGUCUCUUCCCUUUGAGCUGAUGUGCGAUGCGAGUGCCUAUGCAGUUGGAGCAGUUCUGGGUCAGCGAUGCGAGAAACCCUUCCAGCCCAUUUGCUACGCGUCGAAGACCUUGAACGAUGCACAGGAGAACUACACCACCACUGAGAAAGAGCUACUUGCCAUGGUGUAUGCAUUUGACAAGUUCCGACCUUAUCUGGUGCUCUCCCAUGUGGUGGUCUACACAGACCACUCUGUGAUUCGCUAUCUGAUGAGCAAGGCUGAUGCAAUGCCUAGGCUCAUCCGCUGGAUCCUGCUUUUGCAGGAAUUUGAUAUCGAGAUUUGGGACAAGAAGGGAGACGAUAAUGUGGCUGCAGAUCAUCUUUCAUGGUUGGAAGCCCCUCCGGUGGACAACUUCGUGGAAGAGAUCAAUGAUUCCUUCCCAGGUGAACGACUUUGCCAACUAUCUGGUAGGCAAACAGUUGCCUAAGGGGAUGGCCACUCAUGCCAAACGCAAGUUCUUCUCCGAUCUGAAGCAUUACUUCUGGGAGGAUCCUUACCUCUUCAGGAUGGCGUGAUGGGAGACAUCCUAUCUCAAUGCCACAAGGGACCUACCGACAGUCACCAUGGAAGAAAUCGCACGAAACGGAAGGUGCUACCGUCGGGCUUCUACUGGCCCUCACUCUUCAAGGGUGCAAACACCUUCGCACGACAGUGUGACCGCUGCCAGAGGUCAGGUAACAUUUCCUCCCGGGGAUGAGAUGCCCCAACAUAUAUCUUUUGUUUGUGAAAUUUUUUUUAUGUUUGGGUGACUCGCACGAAAAUACUCCACAUAUUAAUCCGGACUAGAGACCAAGUUUUUAAACUCUAGCUGGGUGCAGUAUAGAGCAAGUAUUUAAAUUGUUAACCCGGGCUGAUCCAUGUACACCUACUUCAAUCGCUUAGGUUGUUAUCUAGCAAGCAACUUUUGGGUUUAUAACUAAUGGAACUACAAACUAAACUAUCAAGGAAAAGUAAAUAAAGGAAAAGUCUAACUAAGGAAGCUUCACCCGGAAGUUGCUUCCCCCUAACUAGCUACCAUGACUCGUUGGAUUGAAUGGAGUUGUGAGGCGUAGGAGGUUGUGAACCUCGAAGGUGAGCAACUAGUGAUCAAUCUGUCAUGAAAUCAAUUCACUAGCGAUCGAUUUGUCACGGGAUCGAUCCACUCACCAAGUCUAGGGGAACCACUAGGAGGAGCAACUAGUGAUCCAUUUCUCACGGGAUGGAUUCACUGGAGGUCGAUUUGUCACGAGAUCGAUCCUCUCACUCAGUCACUAGUGGUUUCCUAGGUCUCUCCCUCAAACCGGAGUUUGAGCGGCUUAAUCACAACCAACCUAGAUGCAAAUUGGUAACUGCAAACCGCAGAGGGAUGCAUAUGUGGCCGGAGACCACAAUCUCAAUUACUAAACCGAGGUAAGCAUGAAUGUCACUCGGCCCUCUUGGUUUAGACAAUCCGUAGUUGACUUACUCCCUCACUCAACUCUAAGGUUGGACGGCUUAAUCACGAUUAACCUACUUGCUUAACUCAAUAUUGAGGGUUGCCCUAACUUAACCUAGUUUAGGUGGCUUAGAAAGCGGAUGGAAAACCAACUCGAUUGAGUCUCCCUUGGAAGGGGAUUUUCCUCUCUAAGCUAGGAUAAGGUGCCCAAUUAGAUUGCUAGCACCAACAUGCACAAACCUAAGGGUGCUGAUAUUCGGCUUUAAUAUAUCGGAUUCUUGGACUUUAUGUGAUUAUCUCAUGGUAUGUUUUAGCCAAUUGGUGCUAUUUUAGAGCUCGCUAACCCGAGAAUGGUUGAAAAACCAUUACUGCCUAGUGUCAUGGGUUUGAUAUGAUACAGGUGGAGAAAGCACGAAGAAGAAACGAGUGCACAAGCAAUAAAUCGGGCUCGAAUUA